GCUUUACCUCUGUCCGGGCUGACCUUAGCACCCGUCCGUCAGCACAGACGACACGCUAUAUUUGUCCUUUAUUCUUUGCUCAUAUUUGCUGGUCCGCGCGGCUACUCGCACGGGGUGCCAGCCCCCGACAAGCCUCCUCGGAAGGUGCACGGGGGCGGAGGCGGAGCCUCGCCGCGCUGGCCGAAGGGAGGAAGCUCGGACUGAAGACGAGCGCGACGACAAGCCAGCCGGCCAGCCAGCUUCUGCCCCUAUAGUUUUCCCCGUUUUGGCCUAACGGAGCACUCUCUUGGCAACCGGAAGCGCAUAUUUGAUCUACACUAGUAUUUCUGCAUAUUUCUGCCCAUAAAAUCUGCUGUCGAAAUGCGGGCAGCAUGCCUGUGUUUCGUUUUGAUCUCAUUACCAAAUGCAGUAUUUGCUAUUAGUUGUUUGGUUAUGAGGCCAGGCUAUGGAUUCACAUCAGAAGCCUGUCCGUCGGCUGCUGUCGGAUGUCGAAUCAAAGCUCGAUCCGAUCAUGUGGAGUGGUAUGAAUGGUCAAAAUUAUACGACAGGAAUCAGUUGGUUUGUGUCUAUCCAGGCGAAUACGACGGAUUAGCAGGAUGCGUACGAAAACAUUCGGGAAAUGUUCGUUGUUGGUGUGGAGGAACGGACGAUUGUAAUACUCCAGAAAUGAGUCGACAGCUUGUCGACGCAUUCUUGGGGUCAGACAGAACGAAAAUGGAAAUUAUUAUGAGAAAUUUGGAAAUGGGCGUCAAUCAGGGUGAAGAGGUGAAAGGUGAAGGAGAACUUUUAUUUGACUGA